CAUGCCCUUCACUAUUUCCUUCUUUAUUAGCACUAUGGCUUUUCACACGUUCGUGGUGCUCCUUUGCCAGGUAGCCGUGUUUCUGUCUUUCUGUACUGUUGGAGAGGGUCGCUACUCCAUUUUCAGGAGGUUUAAAGAAGCGCAGGACACCAAGCAGGGAUCUCUGUUUGAGGAGCAAUGGUUUACACAGAAAUUGGAUCACUUCAACGGCGCUGACACAAGAGUGUGGAAGCAGAUGUACUUUAUAAAUGAAGCCUUCUACAGGCCUGGUGGGCCGGUGUUUCUGAUGAUAGGGGGAGAGGGCCCAGCAAAUCCAGCAUGGAUGGAGCACGGCACUUGGCUCACCUAUGCUGAGAAACUGGGAGCGCUUUGCUUGAUGCUUGAACAUCGCUUCUAUGGAAAGAGUCACCCUACAAUGGACCUCAGCACAGACAACCUGCGUUUCCUCAGCAGUCGUCAGGCACUGGCUGACCUAGCACACUUUCGCACCAUGAUUGCCAAGGCCCGAGGGCUGACUGACAGGAAGUGGGUGGCGUUCGGUGGGUCGUACCCAGGUUCUCUGGCUGCUUGGUUCAGGCUCAAAUACCCCCACCUGGUCCAUGCCUCUGUGGCCACCAGUGCACCUGUUUAUGCCACAGUCAAUUUUCCAGAAUACUUGGAGGUUGUUUGGCGUUCGCUGGCCUCAGAGAACACAGAGUGCCCAUUGCUGGUGAAAAAGGCUUCGGAUGACCUCGUCGAACGCCUGAAAGACCCCAGAACCUAUGACAACAUCACCAAAGACUUCAAUUUGUGUUCCAAACUACAGAUCCAGACAGACAUGGAUUCUGCCUAUUUCCUGGAGACACUGGCUGGCAACUUCAUGGAUGUGGUCCAGUACAAUGAAGACAACAGGGGGUUUGAGGGUCUUACUGGUACCAACAUCACCAUCAAGGUGCUGUGUAGUGUGAUGACUGACAGCUCACUGGGAGACCCCUACGCCAGAUACGCAGCUGUGGCCCGUCUCAUGAUGGAGACCUUCUCUAUGAAAUGCCUGGACACUAGCUUCAGCAAAUACGUCAGCGACAUGACUAACACAUCCUGGGAUGGACCGGCUGCAGGGGCAGGGAGACAGUGGGUCUACCAGACCUGUGCUGAAUUUGGAUUCUACCAGAGCACUGAUUCACCCAACCAGCCGUUCGCUGGCUUCCCUCUUGUAUAUUUUCUGAAACAGUGUACAAACUUUUACAACAUCAGUGCUGAGCAGGUGGCGGAGGCUGUCACGCAGAGCAAUGAGUAUUACGGCGCUUACAACAUCCGCUCAAGCAGAAUUGUGUUCCCCAAUGGCUCCAUUGACCCCUGGCAUGCCUUGGGGAUCACCCAGGACAUCUCAGCUGACCUACCUGCGAUUUUCAUCAAAGGAACAUCUCACUGCGCCAACAUGUACCCAGCCAGGAGUGACGAUCCCCCACAGCUGACCCUGGCCCGUGACCACAUCUUCUUACUUCUGCAGCAGUGGCUGAAGCAAUGACUGAGCUAAAUAAGCCAGCAGUGGCUUUGCAACUGAAGCGUAAUACUUCAGGUCACUGAGAGUGGGAGAAGAGUGCUUAGCUUCCUGCCAAAUUUCUGGUUGAUUUGAAAUUCUAUUUUGCACAAGAAUCUUUAGGUCCAAGUUCAAGUUUUGAGCUCAUAAAUAAAGUUUUCUUUUUUUAAAUUA